AUGGCAAGUAGAAAAGAAAAAUGUAUACAGUGUGGAAUUGCACUGGUGGUGCCAGCAGAUGUGUAUGUGUUUGAGUGCGGAGUGUGCCAUGGCAUCACCCAGAUAAGACCCUCGACAGGUCCAUGGAGUCAAGCCUACAACUCCUUUCAUAAUUUCAAAGGUCGUUUUCGAGGGUUUAUAAAUAGCAUAAGUAGUUCAGUUAACAGCAAUUCAGGUGGUUUUUCUGGGACCAAUAAUUUUGGGUCUUAUCCUCAGCCUCAGUCUGUAAGACCUUCAUACCAUGCCUAUGGCUCAAAGCGAGCUGUGCUGUGUGGAAUUCGCUACCAUGGGAAGAGUUACAAGCUAAAAGGCUCCGUCAAUGAUGCAAAAUGCAUGAAAUACUUUCUCAUUAAGCAGUUUGGAUUCCCUAGCGACUCCAUUCUCAUGCUCACAGAUGAUUGGGAUGAGAGAAACCCGCUAAGGAUCCCGACGAGAUAUAACAUUGCAAUGGCCAUGAGGUGGCUGGUUGAGAAUACCCAGUCAGGGGAUUCAUUGGUGUUCCACUUCUCUGGACAUGGCACUCAGGAAAGGAACUUCGAUGGGAACGAAAUUGAUGGGUUUGAUGAAGCAAUAUGUCCCGUUGAUUAUGAAGAGAAAGGGAAGAUACUCGAUGAUGAGAUUAACUCUACAAUUGUUAGGCCGUUACCUCGUGGAGCUAAACUUCAUGCCAUUGUCGAUGCCUGCCACAGUGGAACUGUUCUUGAUUUACCUUUUGUCUGCAAGAUGAACAGGGAAGGUUAUUACUCAUGGGAAGAUCAAAGAUUUCCCAGAGUUAAUAAAGGUACAAGAGGAGGGCUAGCAAUUUCUAUAUCAGCUUGUGAGGAUGGUCAAACCUCCCUAGAUACCAACGCCCUUAGUGGCAAUGAAUCUACUGGUGCAUUGACCUAUAGCUUCAUCCAAACCGUGCAAAACCAACCUGGUCUGAGUUAUGGUCACUUGCUGACUGCCAUGCGUUCAACCGUACGUGGGGCAAGUGCAGGCAUACUGCAAUUGAAUGGUCCAAUUGCUUCACUGUUCAACAGACUUAUGGGCAUGGAAAUACGACAGAGGAGGAGAACAGAAAAGAACACUUCGCGCGGAAGAGCCGAGUCUGGUGAGGUUGCGUACGAGCACCGACGACCGCAAAAUGAAACGGGAGUGCGCAACCUGGGUUUAGAGAACGAACGCCCAAAUUUGUCAGAUUUCACAGGUUGUAUAGAAAGUGAUGUUUACAACCAGGAGUUUGUAGCCACAACUGAUGCAGAAGCCACCACCAAGUCCAAAGAAAGAAACACAACUACUAAGACCAAGGAAGAGGGUAUCUUCCUCACAUGGGAGGAUUUGCAGGUCACAGUUCCCAAUGGAAGGCAAGGUAGCAUACCAAUUCUUAAGGGUCUGACAGGUUAUGCCAAACCAGGUCAGCUCUUGGCAAUAAUGGGUCCUUCUGGCUGUGGCAAAUCCACACUUCUUGAUGCUUUAGCAGGAAGACUGGGUUCAAGCACAAAGCAAACAGGGGAAAUUCUAAUUAAUGGUCACAAACAUGCACUGGCUUAUGGAACAUCUGCAUAUGUAACACAUGAUGAUGCUGUGUUAUCAACAUUAACAGUAGGAGAAACAGUGUACUAUUCAGCCCAUCUCCAAUUUCCAGAUUCAAUGUCCAACACAGAGAAGAAAGAGAGAGUGGACUUCACAAUCAGACAAAUGGGUCUACAAGAUGCCACUGACACAAGGGUUAAAGGGAAGGGUUCUAAAGGCCUUAGUGAGGGGCAAAAGAGGAGACUAGCCAUUUGUAUUGAGAUUCUUACAAGCCCCAAACUUCUCCUUCUUGAUGAACCAACUAGUGGCCUGGACAGUGCAGCUUCCUACUAUGUCAUGAGCAGAAUUGCAAGCCUAAAGAUAAGAGAUGGCAUCAAAAGGACUAUUGUUGCAUCCAUCCAUCAGCCUAGUAGUGAAGUUUUUGAGCUAUUUGAUAAUCUUUGUCUUUUGUCUUCAGGUGAAACAGUAUAUUUUGGUACCACUUCUGCUGCAACCGAGUUUUUUGCUUCAAAUGGUUUUCCUUGUCCAUCUCUCCACAACCCUUCUGAUCAUUUCUUGAGGAUCAUAAACAAGGAUUUCAAACUGGGUGAUAAAGAAUGCUUCCUCGUAAUAGUACCCAAAGAAGAAGCAGUAGAUAUACUUGUGAGGUUUUAUAAAUCUUCUGAAAUUAGUAACCAAGUUCAGAAAGAAGUAGCAGCAAUAGGUGAAAGUGAAUAUGGUUUCAUGGAGAGGAACAGAACACAAACUGCAUUUCUUACUCACUGUCACGUUCUAGUGAGAAGAUCUUCAUUGCACUUGUUUCGCGAUGUAAGCAAUUAUUGGUUGCGUCUAGCCAUGUUUGUUGUAGCAGCUAUUAGUCUGGGAACUAUAUUCUUCGACGUUGGUUCAAGUAAUUCAUCUAUCCAGGCUAGAGGGGCACUGGUCUCAUUUGUUGCAUCAGUCCUAACUUUCAUAACCCUUCUUGGUGGAUUUCCUCCAUUUGUGGAACAAAUGAAGGUAUUUCAACGUGAGAGAUUGAAUGGGCACUAUGGUGUUGCUGCUUUUGUCAUUAGCCACACGUUGUCACCUAUUCCAUAUAUGGUACUGAUGUCACUGAUUCCUGGAGUAAUCACGUAUUACCUUUCUGGACUUCACACAGGACUUGAACGUUGCCUCUACUUUUCUAGUGUACUACUUGCAUGUAUAUUGUGGGUUGAGAGCCUCAUGAUGGUGGUUUCUAGCAUCUUCCCCAAUCCCAAUACGGGCAUCACAGUCUCUGGUGGAAUCAUGGGAGUCAUGAUUUUAACUGGUGGAUUCUAUCGCCUGCCAAAUGAUCUCCCCAAACCAUUUUGGAAAUACCCUAUGUACUAUAUUUCCUUCCACAAAUAUGCCUUCCAAGGAUUGUUCAAGAAUGAGUUUAUUGGUCUGAAGUUGGCUAGUGAUCAAGAUAAAGGUACCUACAUAAGUGAUAGGGAAAUACUAACAAAGACAUGGGAAGUGGAAAUGGGUCACUCAAAAUGGGUUGAUCUUGCUAUCUUAAUGGGAAUAAUUGUUUUAUAUAGACUUAUGUUCUUGGUAAUCAUUAAGAGUAAGGAGAAGAUGAGGUCUUGA